AAAAAAAUAUAUAUAUAAAAAAAAGAGUAAAAUUAAAUUCAAUUGAGGAAAAUUAAAUUAAAUUGCGGAAAAUUUGAUUAAAAUGAGAAAAAUUUAAUGAAAUUGAGGAAAAUUAAAUAAAAUGAUGAAAUUUAAGACAAGCUAAAUUAAUUGAAAUUAAAAAAAUUUACUUUAGGAAAAAUGAAAUUUAAACAUAACAAAAAACAAGUACAGUAGUAAAAACAACGCCAUUAAUGGAAAGUGAAAAUUAUACUUAAAUAUUAAACUAUGUGUAACGGUAAUAGAAGCGUUAAAAAGUCACACAAAACACAACUAAAGAUUAAAAAAAAUAAAACAAAAAAAAUAUUUAAGAAAAGAUGUAUGAAAACCCUGCAGCCAGUGUGGACUGUUGGGUGGAUAUGAUAAUUAAAUGUCAAAUGUGUUUUUAGUUUAAUUUAUAUUUCUGAAUAUUGAAAAUAAACAUCUUAAAAUUAGUUUAAAAUAAAAAUAAACGAAGAGUUCUUAUUACAAUUUGGUGGGCAGUGGAAUGUAGACAACGAAAAUAUGAUUAUAAGUUCUGCAAGUGUUAAGUAUAAUAUAAAUUGUCCAAUAAUUGGUUUAAAGAAAAAUGUGGCAUGCCUAAACUGUCAUCAGCUGUUUUACUGUAGUUCCCAGUGAACGCAAACAUUUCACAUUUGUAUAUGUGAAUAAUUGUAAACAAAUUUUAGACCGCAAAUAAAAUAUAAACAAUGAAAAAUAAAAGGUUAAUGCAUCCACGGAAUAUUUUCCGAACGCCACCAGAUUACACAGCUUUAGCCAUUAAAUACAAAGACUUUCGAAAAGUUUGCAAACUGGAGCUCAAUGGCAAAGUCUACAUUGAUUAUCGCAAUGAAGCCACAUUGCGCGCGCUCACACAAAUGCUAUUGGAAGAAUACUUUCAGCUGCACGUGGAAUUUGCGCCUGGCAGUCUUGUGCCCACUUUGCCGCUACGUUUGAAUUACAUACUCUGGCUGGAAGAUCUAAUCGCAUCACUUAAACUCUCUGCGGCAGCAGAAAUACGCGGCAUAGACAUAGGCUGUGGUUCCUCCUGCAUAUACUCGCUCUUAGCGGCGCGUAAAAAUUCCUGGCACAUGCAUGCGCUCGAGUCAAAUGAUAGCAAUUUCACAUAUGCAGAGAAAAAUGUAAAAGCUAAUAAAUUGGCGCAGUUGGUGGAAAUUUUCAAACAAACUGAUAAAGAAAUAAUUUUCAAAGACUUCUUUAACGCUCAACCAGAUAUAAAUUUUCAUUUUUGCCUCUGUAAUCCCCCAUUCUACGAUUCUUCUUUACCAAAUCCUUUCAAUGCCAAAACAAGAAAUGAGGACAAACGUACACCGCCACACAAUUGUCACACGGGUCAUAACGAGGAGCUGGCUUGUGAAGGCGGAGAAGUACAAUUUGUACAGCGCAUAAUUGAAGAUAGUGAGCUUUAUCCGCAACGCGUUUGCAUUUAUACAACGAUGUUGGGCCACAAAAGCAGCGUUGCACGCGUUAUGGAAAUUUUGUCUAACAAACUAAUCAAGAACGUAUGUACUACGGAGUUUUGUCAAGGCAACACCACACGCUGGGGCAUUGCUUGGAGUUUUAGUAGUGAUUUCACACUUCAUAAUGUAGCAAAUUGAAAUCGAUUUGUAGUUAAUACAAAUUUUAUAUUUAAUAUUUAAAUAAUUCGCAUAAAUGCUAGAAAACUAACUAAAUUAAAGUUAUAUAAGCAUUGUUAGGAUUAGAAGUGAAUAUUCUCUAUCCUUAACCUAGUAGAGUUGUUUCAUAUUAGUAGAGAUAUUAAUCAGUUGGAUGCACCAACUAAGCCACUGUGUCCAAUGUAUUCAUAAAAUUUCCGAUUUCCUUUAAACUGAUCAUCAAAUGUUAAGAGAAGGAGCUUUAUUUCUUAUUGUCUUGUGUAUUAGUAAGAAGGUUGGUCCACAUACCAUUAAAGAGCUGCUCCGUAGGGAGGAAAGAGCAGGCAGGGAGAGACAUUGAUAACAAAUCCAAGGCAUGUGCCAUGCCAGGUUGCUAAUGGGGGAUUACGACCUCAGACGGUUUAAAGCCGUAAUCAAUCUCCACAGGGAACAAAUACCGGCUGCUUGUCGUGUUCUACACCGUCCAUUGCAGGCUCAAUAAGCGCCUAUCCAACAUGGGCUUAGUCCCUUCUGCAAACUGCCGGUUCUGUGACAUGGAGCCGGAAACCCCAGAACACCUACUAUGCCGACAUUUAUACUCACCGCAGACUUUUUCCAAAAGCACAAAACUCAAAAAUUGUUGUAGUUUUUGUCUUUUAUUACUUUACUUUCACUAAAUUAAUGCUGUUAAGAUUUUAUUUCAAUUUUAUUUAUUUUCACAAAUUCAGAUUUCUCACAAUUUGCGUCAUUACAAUUACAAUUGCUAUGUGUUUUUGUUAUUUUACUUUUAUAAUUUGGUUCAAAAUGUGUUAAUUUGUUGUUGUUUUUUUUUAAAUUUUUGUGUCAAUAGUUUGUUGUUGCUUUUCUCAAUUGCAAUACUGUUUAGAAGGUUGUAAAGAGAGGCCUUGUGGAGACGCCACCAAUGAAGCAGCAGCGUGUAGAAAUUUUUUUUAAAUUGUGUUUUGGUUGUUGUUGUUGUAUUGAUUGGUGAUGUUGCGUAGAACUGUUUUUUAUAUUUUUUAAUAUUUUCUUAUAUUUAUUAUGAUUUUAUAGUAAAAUACAUUGCGGCAUUGAAAAUUUCAAGUUUACAACUUUUUCCACCGACUAACGGUUAUUAAUUAAAAAAUUUGUAACAGUUAAUUAGUGUAAAAUACUGAAUAGAAUUAAUUGAUAGAAAUAGAGCUAAUUACAUUUGUAUAAAUAAUGAUAAA